AUGGCAUCUCAGCUAAAAAACAUCGCGGUCAUUGGAGCCAGCGGAAGCAUUGGCAAAAUCGUUUUCGAUGCUCUCGUCCAUGCUCCCCAAUUUCACGUAACCGCUCUUACUCGUGAGUCCAGUGACAGGACCUUCCCAGCUGGAGUGACCGUUCGCAAAUCCGACUUCUCCGAGGCCGACUUGGUGUCUGCAUUCAAGGGCCAGGAUACGGUCAUUUGUGUCGUGGGGUUGGGUGGCUUCACCGAGCAAAAGAAAUUCAUUGAUGCUGCUAUCUCUGCGGGCGUGAAAAGAUUCAUUCCCUCUGAGUUCUCGGCAAAUACUCUCAGUCCGACUGUUCUGCAGCUUUUGCCUGUUUUUGAACAGAAAAAGGAAGUCCUGGAUUAUUUGAAGGCGAAGGAGGGUUCGGGCUUGACGUGGACCGGGAUCUGGACCGCAUUGCUAUUCGAUUGGGCCCUAGAAAACGGGUUCCUCGGAUAUGACCUCUCAGCACGUACAGCUACAAUUUGGGACGGCGGCAACAAGGCCUUCACUUUGACCAACGAAGAUCAGCUCAAACGUGCCGUCGUAGCUGUUCUCGAGCGUCCAGAGAAAACUGCCAAUAAGAACCUUUACAUCUCAUCUGUUGAAACUACGCAGAAACAGAUUCUCCAAGCUCUGGAAGAAGCCACUACUUCCAAGUGGACCGUCGCCAACACUACAACUGACGAACAAGUCAGCGAGGGUGUUGAGAAAUUAGGCAAAGGGGACUUCAGCGGCGCUCUGAUAUUAGUACGCGCCACAAGCUUCAGCAAUAAGGAGGGUCUCCGUGCGAACUAUGCAAAGGAUGAGGAGUUGGCGAAUGAUUUGUUGGGCCUCAAGCUUGAAAGUGUUGAGGAGACUGUUGCGCGGGUAGUUGAGGGAUCUUCUUAGAUCUGUGGAUAUGAUGCUCACAAUUAGGCUUGAGAAAUGGUAAAUAGAAUAGGGAACUGAGAAUUUAGUCUUCCAUAUCGGUAAUAAAGAAAC